UUCUUUGCUCUAAAAAAAUAUCUUAACUCUGAUUGGUCAAGACGAUUUCCCAAUUUGCUGCCGUUCACGUCACAUUUCAACAUGGCUGCGACCAGAAAGUGUGGAGCUGCUGCAAACACUUCUGGAAACAUCAUGUCCCUCAAGAAAGCUUUAUCCGUAACUUCUCCACUCACUCUGCGAAUCGUCGCUGAAUGCCCUGUCACGAAAGCAAGAGCUUGUGAUCUAAUCCUGCCCCACUCGGCCGUCAGCACCCCGGUCUUCAUGCCUGUCGGGACUCAGGGUACUCUGAAGGGAAUCACUGUGGAUCAGCUGGACGCUCUUGGCUGUCAGAUUUGUCUUGGAAACACAUACCACCUGGGCAUGAGACCGGGGCCUGAUUUGAUCGAGAAAGCCAAUGGUUUACACGGGUUCAUGAAUUGGAAGAGGAAUCUUUUAACUGACAGUGGGGGGUUUCAGAUGGUGUCUCUUGUCGAGCUCUCAGAGGUCACAGAGGAAGGGGUGAAGUUCAAGUCCCCCUAUGAUGGCAAAGAGAUCCUCCUUACUCCUGAGAAAUCCAUCAGCAUACAGAACAGUCUAGGUUCAGACAUCAUGAUGCAGCUUGAUGAUGUGGUCAGCAGUACGGUGACAGGGCCGCGGGUGGAGGAGGCAAUGCACAGAUCCAUUCGCUGGCUGGACCGCUGCAUAUCAGCCAAUAAAAAUCCAGAAAAACAAAACCUAUUUGCCAUCAUCCAGGGAGGGCUAAAUACAGAGCUGCGCAAGGCCUGUCUAGAUGAAAUGACUCAACGUGAUGUUCCUGGUUUUGCCAUCGGAGGCCUGAGUGGAGGAGAGGAGAAGGAUGACUUCUGGAGGAUGGUGACCCUGAGCACUGACCACCUGCCACGGGAAAAGCCUCGAUACCUCAUGGGUGUUGGGUAUGCUGUGGAUCUGGUGGUGUGUGUUGCUCUGGGAUGUGAUAUGUUUGACUGUGUGUUCCCCACCCGCACUGCGAGGUUUGGCUCAGCCUUGGUUCCUUGGGGAUCUCUCCAGAUAAAAAAUAAGCAGUAUGCCAAAGAUUUCGAGCCCAUAGACCCAGACUGCCAAUGUCCCACCUGCAAAAGACACAGUCGGGCUUACCUCCAUGCUCUGUUUAAGAGUGACAGUGCAGCCAUGCAUCACGUCACUAUCCACAACAUUGCCUACCAGCUCAACCUGAUGCGCUCUGUGAGACAGAGCAUUGUGGAAGGCUGCUUCCCUGAGUUUAUACGGAUGUUCAUGAAGCGCAUGUUCCCGUCUCGUGACCAGUACCCGGGCUGGGCCGUGGACGCUCUCGCCUCCGUCAACAUUACACUGGAAUAAAACCUGGAAGGCAACCGUCAUGCUCUCAAUGGGGAUGUCAAACAGUGACUGGAAGAUUUUAAAUGGCUUUUUUAACGGAUGAUUAUUUUUUACUCUUUGUUUAUACUUGUUUAUAAAUUGCCUGUUUGUUUGGCGAUGAGGCAAAUGGCUUUUGAUCUGAUAGAUGAAGCCUGAUUCUCUUCUGCUUUACUCAGCCUCUGCAAAUUGUCCUCAUACUAGACAUUAUGGUAAUGUGAGACUGAAUGGGGUUUAAAUGAGGUUUGAAACACAUGAACUAUCUCCUCUGAUGUGCGCCAACACUUUUGGUUGUUACCAUGGCUACGAAGUUGGAAAUAUUUUGCCUUCCUGUCAACCUGGUGUUUCAUUUCUGCCAAAGGCACGAGAUAAAUAAAUGUGUUUGUAUUCUGGUGUUUUAACCUAAACCCCUAACCCCUAGUGGUUGUCAGAUGUCUGUUAGAAUAUAUGAAUGAAUUCAAGCUCAAUUGAAGCUCACAAAGAUUGUGUGCUUGUGUCAAUAUGACCACCAGAGGGCAAAAUAGACAAAACCAGAGCAGUGUGACUGUAAAAUGCAAUAUGUUAAGCUUUCCUGUAGAGUUAAAACCAGUUCAGCUGAAUCUAGUUUGUGCAAAUCAUUUAAUUACAGUAGGAAUAUGAGCUGAAAAGUAGGAAAGCACAAAAACAUUACAUUCCAAAAAUCACAACACAGUCAGCAUCCAUCUGAAUAUCAAGUCAUUAUUCAAUGCUAUUCUCUACUUUGUCCUCCAUUGGACAAUAAUCCCAUUUAACCUGAGUGGCGGUUUUGUUGGGAGCUUACUGAGGUGCUGCUCUAUCGAGGCUCUGUUGCUGAUUAAUAUUAAUCAUUGGUUUUGAUUUAAAUAACACCUGUUGUCUGUGGCUCCGAGUCAACAGUCCCCUUAAGCACCACAUUUGAAUUGCAUUACUGCUUUUGUUAUGACCACAGGCCCUACAAGAUUAAACAUGUGAUUUGUAUAGUCCCCUAGUCUCAUAAUGACUAACACAGUUUGGUAGGCUACUACAAAGGAACAUGAUGGGUUUUGUAAAUAAUAGGAGUUUACAAGUUGUUUAAUUACAAUAAGAGGCAAACUGAAGCAUUCAUGUUUCUAUGAUAAUAGCUUGUUUAUCGUGACCUUUUGUCAUUUAAUAUAAUAAUAGCCCACAUUCAGAGG